AUGGUGGCACCCAGUGGCGGUGUGAACUAUGAAGAGUUCGCCGAGUUCCAGGAAUUACUCAAGGUGAUGAGGACACUUGAUGACAGAAUAGUACAUGAAUUAAACAAUACGGUUCCAACAGCUUCCUCUGCAGGGAAAACUGAUGCCAGCCGAACCUGUAAACAACUUUAUGAGUCUCUGAUGGCAGCUCAUGCCAGUAGGGACAGAGUCAUAAAAAAUCGUAUAGCCCAGACCUCAGCAGUAGUAAAAAGACUCCAAGAAGAGAGAGAAAACAAUCUGGAUGACUUAGUAUUAUUAAAGCAACUUAGAAAACAGCAGACAAAGUUGAAAUGGAUGCAACUAGAACUGAAUGUUGAAGAAGUGGUAAAUGACAGAAGCUGGAAGGUGUUUAAUGAACACUGCCGAAUUAACUUUAAGCCUCCAAAGAAUGAAUAAAGAAAAAAAGAUACUUUUCUUUUUUUAA